ACUUGCAGAACAUCCAGAGUUAAAUAUAUAAAUAGAGAAAUAAGUAGCUCAGAGUUAAACUUUUAUUUAUUUAACUCAGACAAUGUCUUGCAGCUAACAAAAUCGACACAGAGUUAAGUAAACGAAGUUACUGUCGGGCAAUUUUUAAUUUUGUUGGCAUCACAAACCGUUUUUGUCGUUUGUUUUGAAUACUGAAAUUUUUUUGAUGUUUGAAAUAAAAAUAAUAUUGCCAAAAGCUCAACAAAUAUUCAUUCAAUAACAGAAUAGAAUGCAAAAAAAAAUUAUUACUUCUAAUUAAAUAUAUGUAUGUGCUUAAUUGUUCACCAUUGGAUUUACAAAGUGAUAAUUGCAUUCUUACAGGUAUGCAAAACCACACAUCAUUUUACAUUAUAUUGAAUUGAAUUUUUUCGUAGUUAUUUUACUGCAGUUUCAACUCGUUAAAACUAUCUUGUUUUGGUCAUGGAAUCUCAAACUAAACGCGUUCGGGCUCCUAACUUUGCUACUAGCGAGAGCUUGCUUUUGUGCGAUUGCAUUGAAAAGUAUAAGCAUAUCCUAGAAAAUAAAAAAACCGAUGGCACCAGCCUUUUAGCAAAGCAAAAGGCGUGGAUAGACGUGACGCGGGAAUUCAAUUCGAUUUCCACAGGAUACUGCCGCACCAUGGAAAGUUUGCAACAAAAUUAUAAAAACUUAAAAAAAAAGACUAAAAAAAACGCAUCUUCUGCAAAAAUGAGUAUUCCGAGUAUGAAUAUCAAGCACUUUGGAAUUUCUUUUUACUGUAAUGCUAUUAUCUAAAUUUUUUUAGUUGAUAAGACUACUGUAGUUGAAAACGUGGAGGAGUACGGUACGUCUCCUGAUGGUUGGGAGAAAGUUGCCAGCAAUACAGGUGCACCGGUGGACGCUUGCCAGGAAGCUUUCUCGGCAAUUAUCAAGGAGUCGGAAGCGGAAGAAAGAAUUAUAAAAAAAAAUGUCAUGGGUACUGGUCAGUAGUUUUCUUUAUAUGUAUACUUAAAUAUGCUAUACUUUUGUGUAUAGUUACGAAUAAAUAAUAUUCUUAUGUCAGGUGGAGGACCGAUGGCUAAGUGUGUCGACAACCCCCUUUUUAAUAAGGUGAGGGGUUUAGUCGGACCUGCCAUUGACGGUUGCUAUACAAUUUAUGAUGGUGAUAGCAGCCUCAUCAAAGCUCAGGAGGGCAUAAUACCUAUCGAAGCAGAUUUAAAUUUUGAAGAUGAACUUCCCAUACAAGAACCGAAACAAAAAGAGGAAAAGGAAGAAUACUUCACAAGUGAUAGGGCAAAUUUAAAAAAGAAUCCUCAUCCUCUGUUGGCACGUAAACGAAAAUUGCAAACAACCGCUAAAGAAACAGUAGCCAGUAAAUUUAAAUUACUAGCCGAGGAAAAAAUGGCAUUGGUAUCGGCCCAAAAAGAACUUAUAGACAUUGAAUUAAAAGAUAAGGAAGAAAUACUAGAACACAACCGCCUAUUAAGAAAAAUGGAAAUUGAAGAAGCGAAAAAAAGAUACGAAUACGAUGAGCAAGAAAGGCGGGAACAUAACCGGAUAUUGAGACAAAUGGAAAUAGAGGACAAGAAGAAGAAAUUAGAGCACAAUGAGGCGAUUAGAAGUCUUGAGCUGGAAAAAUAUAGGCAAACUUUGUAAAAAGAAGUUUAAAUGAAGGCUGUCCGAUGUUC